AUCCAUUCCCAUUGACCACAUCAUUAUCACAGUUUUCCAACACUUUACAGAUUUGUGAAUCACUUUUUAUGUCACAAAUGUUGCUUUAUCAUAUUUUUUUAAAUUGUGGACCUCUGGGGAUUCAAGAAAAAAAAACAUGAAGAAAAGACUAUACGAACAGUGUAUUGAUCCAACGAGAAUGAACUAUAAACAUUAAUGAAGAAUAUGAAAUAACAUCUAGAGAGUUGAGGAGUUCAAACAAUGUUUUUAUCGCAAUGGAUAAAUUUUGUGUGUACAGAAACAAAUAUUUUUGUGAUGAGAGUGGUUUGUUCACUGUUUUAUUUUUCAAUGUUAUCAUGCAAUUGUUAGGGAGAUGCAAGAAACCUCUUUGUGGAUAAAUGUUUUCACUGUUUUAUGGUCACUUUUCAGUACAGAUAAUACAAACACCAAUAUAUUGAUUGAUUGCACAAUAUUUAUAUUUCAUACUUGAGAAAGAAUAGAAUUGGAUAUACAUGGAUAUAAUCCAUAGUCAAUAUUUGGAUGCAUCUUUACAGUUUUGAAGAACAAUUGAUUUUGUUUGUCAGAAUCAUUUAUACUUAAUUAAAAGGAAAAGGUCAGUACUAGAAAUAGGUUGACUGGUGUCUCUGGACAGAGCAUUGUAAUUCUGUAUUAAAACUUAUAUUUAAUAUUGCAGCAUUAUAACAAAACACUUGAUUGGACUUUAAUGUAAUCAGCAUUUAUUGGAUGUUGGCGUUAUUUAUUUAUUAAAAAUGGACUAGCCACUGGCCUUGAUAAGUUUAGCUGAUGUGAGGCUCCCAAAGAUGAUACAAUAGUUUGACGAGUGGCAGCGGUUCACUUGUUUAGUACUGGACAGGGGUUAUGCAGGCUACAGGGGAACAGCUGUUCAAUUAUUUUAGGGUGUUUUUUUCUAGGUGUAAAGACUUGUUUGCGUCACCUACAUUAUGUUGUGACUGUAGCUGAGACAUUCUGGUAAUAUUGUCACAUUGUCGAAGCAGCAUCACCUAAUCUAUGAUGUUCUGUUUAUGUGUGAAAGAAAUAAAAAUACAAGUUAAAUAACAUUUUUUGAACAGCUCCAAUGGAACAGUCUGUAAUUGUGGAAUGACUCGCAUCAAAAAUGAAGGCAAUGAGGCAAACUUCUUAGAUGUUCUUGAAAUUCAUUUAUUGAUUUUUGACAGGAAAACUAUGGAAAUGAAGGGAGAGAGUUAUGAAGCUAUUUUGGAGAAGAGCCCAGGAUUCAAUAAUCCUAACUGCGUCCAAUAUCUCUCAGAACUUCUUGGCAUAUCAAAUAUGCAUUGCAGCAAUUUUUCAACAUUAAGGGGAGGAUUUUCAGCUGCAGAAUAUGCUGAUGAACUCCGUCAAGCUCAAGCAAGCAAGUGGGCAUUCCGGUCAGUAGCUGAAGGAAUUGAACACUUUAAAGCAGGAAGACAUUCAGAAGCAUUUCAAUGUCUCAAUAAAGCACUCAGCAUUGAUCCCCGAAACGUAGAAGGCCUUGUUGCGAGAGGUGCUCUGUAUGCUAAUAGUGGAACAUUUAAGAAAGCCAUAGAAGACUUUGAAACUUCUCUAAAACUGAACCCUAACCAUGCAAAUGCACGAAAAUAUUUGGGAGAAACGUUAGUCGCUCUCGGACGCAGCUAUGAAGAUGAGAACAAAAUUGCUGAAGCCCAAAAAGCUUACGAAGAUUGUUUGGCGAUUAUACCAUUCCAUGAGGAGGCUCAGAAUUCACUAGACUUUCUGAAGAGUAAGACGUCUACCACCAAGCCAUUAAUAGAGCCGGCCGAGUUACUUCUACCUGGAUUAACAGGAGCUAAGUCGUUUGAGAUGAAAGAAACACUGAAGCAGUUGUUGAAUCUAACAGAGAAGAAGGAAAAGAAGAAGAAGAAGAAGCGUGGGAAAGGCAAAAAGAAGCGCUCCAGUAGUUCCUCGUCGUCUUCGAGUGACUCGUCGAGCUCGAGCUCCUCGUCCGAGUCAUCGUCCUCGUCAACAGAAUCUAGUGGUUCAGAGGGUCCAAAUAGGAAGAAGAAACGUCGCUCGCAAUCAAACAACAAGCGACAGAGGUCGCUGUCGCCUCUGAGCAAGCGUAUGGCUAUGCUGGGAGACGCUGAGUCGGCGUCACGUACACACAACUCGCAGUUCAACCACCCGUAUGGUUAUCAGCCGCCGCCGCCCGCAGAAGAACCCGCCGCGCCCGGCAGGUCUCAGGCUGAUAUAGAUUAUGAAUUGAAGGUACGCAAGUUCCUGGACAUGACGAAAGAAGAUUCUGAUUAUGAAGAAAAAGUUCGAAACUUCUUGGAAGAGACGGCGCAAUACAAACGAAAUCGAAAAAUGCAAGAACUCGGUCAGCAGACACAACCGGGCGCUGAACAUGAUAAGAAGAAGAAGAGAAAGAAGGAUAAGAAAAAGAAGAAGGAAUCAAAACGCAAACGCAAAGAACAAGAGAGAGAAGAGAAAAGAAAAAAUAAAAUCGCUCGUAUGUCAAACAGUUCCGAUUAUAAUCUACGUGAUAUAGAAAAUAUUGGUGAUAAAAAACUGAGAGAUGCUAUAAGGAAAGAAUUGAAAGGAAAAUCAAAGAGAGAUCACAGUUCAGAUGGUGAAUAUGAAAAAAAACACAAUGAAAAGAGUCGCAUACUUGAUGAAAUGCACGGACUGGAGGAGCUUGAAUCCAAGCUGAGUGCGUACCACGUGAUGGUGGAAAAGGAAAUCGGUAAACGAGACAGAUCUCUCAGUCCGCUCGACCAGGUCCCGCCGCCGCCGCUUGACAAGCCCAAGUGGAAAAUGUCAAUGAACGCUGUCAAAGAAACGGUCAAGAAGAAGGAUACUCCAGUACAAAAAGGAUACAAGGAGCGUUACGCAUUUGAAGAUAGCUCUGACGACUCUCAAGAUCCUCGAAAGCCGUCACCAUCGAGCGGCGACAAGAAUGUGUCUGUUCGACGCGCAAUGGCCAUGUCUAUGAAGGAGCCCCCGCCGCUACCGUCAGCGCCGCCACCCAAGAGCAGCCGCGAGCCCGACCCGCCUGGCACGGACCCGCCGCACACACAUCAACACCCACACACGCACCCGCACCCACAUCUGCACCCUCCUCACGCACCCCCGGUGCGUAAAGGUAAUAUAGUGCUGGACAAGUUUGGAUCAUUCCGAUUGGCUCAAGAAGGUGAGACGCCCGUGUCUGUAGGAGACGGACGACCAGAACAGUUCGUGACCCGCAUCAAGCCGCCGACGCCCUCACAACGAAGACCUCGCUCACCACCAUCACCCAGGAGAAGGUCAUCCAACUCCUCUGACGAUAGACGCUCGGCUAAACGAUCUAGAAGCCGUUCCAUGCCACGGAAGUAUCGUUCGCGCUCCGGAUCCCGAUCCCGUUCCGGUUCCAGCGCGAGUGGCUCGGUGGCGUCUCGCCGCAGUCGCACCGUGUCGCCGAGAUAUCGCUCCAGAUCUGAUUCCUACUCACGAAGCAGAUCACGCUCUCGAUCGGGAUCACGCGACAGAAAUCGUCGCAUGAAUCGUCGCGGCAAUUGGCGCGGACGCGGCGGUUUCGAGCGUGGCACUUACUACCGUCCCCGUUUCCACACUUACAAUGGUGGCGGGAACCGUGGUAGGGGGCGCGGUGACUUCCGCAGGGACGACGGACGUCGCUUCCAACACGAGUGGAGGGAUAAUCGGUCUCGUGGAGGACGGCCUUUUAGACCCAGGAGAGGAGGCGGCGGACGCGGCAGACCUUUCAGGGGUGGCUUCCGUGACUUCCGCGACAGACGCGGCGGUAGAUAUUCCCGGUCCCGCAGCCCCGACAGAACACGCAGGUCCAGGUCAUACAGCCCGGAGAGAAGAGACAAGGACAGAGACAGCCGUUACAGCUUCUCUCGUUAUUCUGAACGCGACAGCCACCGUAGUGAAGGAGAGUACGAGGAGGAGCGUUACGUGGACAGGAAGGAGUAUGACGGGAAGUGGGCGGACGGGAACGAGCCAGAACGAGCACACGCCGAGGAAAAGACGGAGGAACCGCCUAAAGAAUAGAAGACACGCAGACAAAACCACCGUUAACACUAGUUUUAUUAUAAGAUUUAGUCUAAUUGUCGUCACCCGCGACGUUGCUAUUACUAUAUCCGACUUGUAAAUACGCGGAAAAUAUCGGCAAUAUUUACAUUUGAAUAUAUCACUUAUUGUAGAUGUCUUCUUAAAAUCUGAAUUGUUUUAUUUAGGGUGAUAUCGGUAGAAUAUAAACCAUUCCACGUUUUAAUUGUAUUUAACUGACGAUUUAGAUACAAAUUUGUGUUUUUUUUCUGUGUGGAAAAAUAAAUGUUUACUUAUCAAAUAA